AUUUCGGGAAUGUUCGCUACAAUACUUGCCAAAAAGGGGGAAACAAGGCAGACUAAGCGUUCCUUGUUCCGGUCUUGACAAGCUAAAGAAAUAAAAUACUUGAUAGGGAUAGAGCAUAACUAAUAAUUGACGUCACAAUCGAGGGUGGUUUAACGUAAUGAUCUCAAAAAUACUGUAAUGCAUAGAUCUGCAAUGCCAGAAGAAAAUACAACACAACAAACAAAAAGUGGUAGUGAAUAGCGAGGUACAAAAUAUUGCGAAGUAUCAAGUCUAACGUCUGACACUGAUCAGGCUACUAAAACUGUAAUUCUUGUAUCCCUUACGGUAAGACACGAAGUCGGUAAAAGGAAAAAUGUGCAUGUGACCAAUGAGAAAGCACUGAGGGGAAAAGAAAUAUAACUGCGCGCAAUAACAAAUUAAAAAAGAAGGGCUAGCAUUAAGUGCAGAAAGGUACAAAGCGCGAACUCUAGCAACAAAACAAAGAACUAUCGUAAAAGAAACCUAUAACACUAUCGGCAAACUAAAGAACUAAUGACAAAUAUCACUUGGAACAAAUUUACUACAGGAACUGCUUAUGCGAUUGGAAUGGAAUAUCCCCCCUUUGCUUGGGGCGUAUGUAUACCCCCCAGACCCUCCGUGCUACGUUUUGUGCAAUACUUUUUUGAAGAUAAACAUCUGAUAAUCUAAAAGGCACAAAAAAACUCUUGCCUUGACUUCAAUUAUUUCGGUAAAAUUUCGUGUAAAUGUCAAUUAAAAUUUGAAAAACUUACAUUUUUUCCUCACGAUGUCUUUACAACUCGUCGCCAAAAUUAACCGCUGCCUCUGGAGAAACGUAAGACAAUCUGAUAGGGCAACCUCAUUUCGGUGCGGCCGAAUGCUGAUGUGCUCCACUCACGUGCCGGGGGACGAUUCCAAAAUUGAGUACAGGUCGUUUCAGAAGUCGUCGACGUGCCAGUGCAUCAGAUUGCCGCUGAAAAAGUCGCGACUGGCGAAUCCGUUCCCCGACCCGCUGAAGAUGAUCGCGUCCGACACGGUCUCGGACGACGAAAAGGCGAGCAACAUGCAGUUGACGUCUCGGUUGCCCGAGUAUCCGGUGAGAUCUUCCGUGGGGCAGUCGCGUCGUCGUUUCAGCAGCAAGUGCGGAGGUGGUCACAUCGAAAAGUGCAAGAAAGUGACCACCGAGAAGUGCGCAAAUAAGGCCGAGUCGCCCGAGUGCAAGUCGAACUUCGAACGUAAAGCUUGCGAAAAGCAGGAGGCCCCGUUCGAUUCGUUCAGCGACCUCUAUCGGGCGUCGCUAAAACCGUUAAAACGGAACGAGUGCAACUCCUGUCCGCGAAAAACCGCACCGACCAGCGAGAUGAAACCCCAGAAGGAGUACCACACCAGCGCCACCGUCUUUGCGAAGCAAACCGAGCACAGUUCCGAAGCCGACAUCCAGUCCAUAGAAGCCUACGUCAAAACCCACAACUUUCCAUACCAAUUUCCCGAGACCGACUUCCCGACGAAUUGUUGCUGUUCGAGAGGAGUAACAGGUUACAGUCGACCGUUCACCUACUUAGAGUAUCGGCUCGUGAAAAAGGACACAGAUGAUUAUAAGGGGAGGAUCGAGGCUUUCGUGAAGGACGAAAUCGACGAGAAGUGCAAGGAGAAGAAGGAGUCAACGAGGGAGUGCCCGAAAGACUUGCUGGUGAAGAAGAAGAGGGAGUACAAACCUAAAGGCGAUAAGUGAACGAGAGAAAAAUGUAAAUAAAAAAAUUGCAAAAUAAAGUUUCAU